UGGCUGCGCCCACGUGGUGUCUGAGCACUUCGGCUCUCAGUUUCCUCCGCUGUGAAAUUGAGAUAGCACGGCCCAGCCACCUGCCAGGUCUGAUGUGCGAGUUAACUGAGAAGGAGCAUGAGGAAGCUUCUUGACAUUUGCAAAGCGCUGUAGGAAUACAACAGAGGAGCAAGCCACCAUGCCUGAAGUUAAAGACCUUUCAGAAGCCUUGCCAGAGACUUCGAUGGACCCCAUCACAGGAGUUGGGGUCGUGGCUUCCCGGAACCGAGCCCCAACGGGCUACGAUGUAGUCGCACAGACGGCAGAUGGUGUGGAUGCUGACCUCUGGAAAGACGGCUUAUUCAAGUCCAAGGUUACCAGAUACUUGUGUUUCACAAGAUCAUUUUCCAGAGAAAAUAGUCAUCUAGGGAACGUGUUAGUGGACAUGAAGCUCAUUGACAUCAAGGACACGCUGCCUGUGGGCUUCAUCCCCAUCCAGGAGACGGUGGACACACAGGAGGUGGCUUUUAGGAAGAAGAGGCUGUGUAUUAAGUUCAUCCCCCGGGAUUCAACCGAAGCUGCCAUCUGCGACAUUCGGAUCAUGGGCCGGACCAAGCAGGCACCUCCUCAGUACACAUUCAUUGGGGAACUGAACAGCAUGGGGAUCUGGUAUCGAAUGGGCAGAGUGCCAAGAAAUCACGACUCAUCUCAACCUACGACGCCUUCACAGUCAUCAGCUGCUUCCACCCCAGCCCCCAACCUUCCCAGGCACAUCUCUCUGACACUCCCUGCCACCUUCCGAGGCAGGAACAGCACCCGGACGGACUACGAGUACCAGCACUCCAAUUUGUAUGCCAUAUCAGCAAUGGAUGGUGUGCCUUUUAUGAUUUCAGAGAAGUUUUCAUGUGUUCCAGAAAGUAUGCAGCCCUUUGAUCUCUUGGGAAUUACCAUCAAAUCUCUAGCAGAAAUUGAGAAGGAGAUCAGGGUGUCCUGCAGCAUCCGUCCAUCCCGCUUCAGCAGGUCCUGGCUGACCAAGCCUCACUGAAUGUCUCAUUUUAGUGAUCAGUUAAGAUAAACAGGUCGGUGUUCAGUAUUAAAGUAAGUUAAAGUUACUUUAAAUCAGGGAAGUAGAGGUGAGAAAGCUCUACAGGGUGUAAAACCACCACAAGCGUCACCGGGGCAGGGGACGCCCUGGAGUUUUUCAUGCGAUCAAGGAUUCGAAAGUGACCCACAGCAGCCAUCCGCACCUGACUCUGAAGAGUGUGCUGGUAGCCACUCCCUGUGAGCGGCUCCUUCCUCUGCAGCAACCUCAGAGGACUGUCUCGUAAAGAAACCCAAAACUGCCCUUUUCAGCCCCUGGAUUCAGUUCAGUGCUGCUUGUGGGAGUCGGAGACCUGAAGAGGAGGUGCUUCUGCAACCACCGGCCUCUGCCCUCACCUCUGUGUUCGGCCUAGAAUAGGCAGGGUCCCCUGAAUCAAACCAAAUUCCCUGGGUUGGGAUGAUUUUUGGGUUUUUUUACAGUAUUUUUGCUCAUUUCCAUUCUAAGCAAGUCUGGUUACAUUUGGAGCGGGGCUCCAGGAUCUUGGCUUGGACAUUUGCUUUGCUAACGGUAAAACUUUGCAUUUUGUACAGCGUUAAACCAAACCCCAAAAUAAAUCAAUAGAGUGAGUAAAGGUGAGACAGUGCCUUUGGGUUUGGGGCACAGACUCGUGACCCCAGACACCUCCCAGAUCCCCCUAGGGUUCCUUGGCAAGGGAGGAGAGCCCGGUGCUCUGUGCUCCGAACGGAGCAGAUGCAUCCCCCAUGGGCGCAAGUGGGAACACACACUGGCUGGCAUCCCAGUGUGCAGACGGGUGUCUGCAGGGCCAUGUGUGGACAUGUAGGUGGCAGAGGUGACGUGGUGUGGGGGGGCAGGACACAGGCCCCAAUCUGCAGGCUGCAGGGCACCUCGUCUGCCACUUAGGCCUGGCCCGGGACACAUUCCUCAUCGCCCCUGCUUCAAGCUGGAGUGCAGGCCUGAUUGUCCCACCCUGUGUGCCCGGCACAUCUGCCAGGUCCUUUAGCAGAUUUGGGGGGGUAAAAAGGCACUGGAAAGACAACAAAACCUCUCACAAUUCGGACAUACCCUGUGGGUGGGGUGGGAAAUGAAGGACGCUUCGAUUAGUAAAAGCUGCAAUUAGUAAAUGCAAACUCAAAUGCAGUUACUGUCCUUACCCUCCCGCUCCCAGUGAGCGCUGCCUCCUGCUUUCCGUCUCCCCUGCCCCCCACAGGCAGCCUCUGCUCAGAGCAGGGGCCCUGCGUCUUUGCAGGAUGCCUGUGAAUUAGUCCAACCCGCCCAUCUCCCCUCACCACGGGGGCACAGAGGGUUUUCCAGCCUGUCCACAGCCAUGCCCUCUGUCCCCCACCCCUGGGGCCAGGCAGCAGCACCCUGCGAAGCCCUCAUUGUCCCCGGCCCGCCUGGCCGCCCUAGAGAAGCUGCUCCAAUUCCGCAGCCAGCCCUGUGAUGAAGCAGCUCCUCUCCGAGUGAGAAGACGGACAUAUAAAUAUUCCCUGUCUCCGCCGCUCUUUAUUUCCCUUGUAAGCAGUGGCCCCAUUUCUCCAUCUGAUGGAUUCCCCCUCGCAGCCAGGGUGGGCACCCCAGCUCUGCAUCCAGGCGGCAGCCUCAGAAACAAUCCUGUCCCCUGGCUCCCUCUUCCGCUCCGCUCCUGCCCGGCUCCCACCCGCACUGCUGUGGGGCCUCUGUCCCUUUUCUGUCCCUUUUCUGUCCCACUGGGCCUCUCUGGUCUUCCUCUCCACUUGCCAAGUGGGCCAGGAGGCUGCAGCCCAGACCUGCCUCGCCCGUGCAGCUGCUCCUCUGCCACGACACCACCAAGGCUGGGGUGAACUGCACGGGGCAGUGGGAGUCAGGGCCUUCCAGCCCCGCUCAAAGCUGCCUGCUCACCUGCCCAGCUCCCCCUAAACCAGGGUGCGCACUUUUGAAAAACGUGGCCGGCCGAGGGAAGAGCUCAUUAGCCUACCUCCUUCCUGGCGAGCAGAGGACCUCCAUUUUCACUGGACUCGAAAGCUGAAAGAGGAGGGAGCGUCUAAUUAGUAAAGAGACGAUCUAAUACUAAUCACUCCCUUAAAAUUGACAAGGGAGGCAGUUCAUUUAACCACUUAAUUGCUACAGGUUUUUAUGGGCUGCUGUUUACAGACAUAUUUAAUGAAGAAGUUAUAAAUUUAAGGGAGCUUAAAAUUUUAAUUUUAUACCUAAGUAUUUUCCUUGUUCUCCUGUUUGUAGUCAAUCCUCCAGAGUGUAGUCACGUGGAAUGUUCUUUAAAUGAACAUAUUUGCUAACUGGCGUGAUUUCAGUUUUUAAAACAUUGGUUCCAGCAAUUAGGCAUUUUUUUCAGUUCCCAAAUGACUAGAGAAAUUCGUCUUGAUUAUAAUUGCUCUUAGCCACGCAUAUCUAAUUUGUGUCUUUUUAAGUGUUAAUUAGUAAACAGUUUGAGCUGACAUCUUUAUGUGUUUGUGUGUUGAAAAAUGGAGCUUAUUGCUUAUUUAGCUUGGGGCCGAUUCCACUAGCAUUUACGUCACGACACUGAGGUGAAAUUAAUGAAAAUACACUUGGCAGCAAGAGGUAAGAAGAAUUUUCAAAUUCCACUUUAGGAGGUCCGCUUUGCCUGGGCCUCUGCAAAAUAUGUGGUUAGUUAGGGUGGAUGCGGGUCUACAUCCUGCAGGAAAGAGGAAAGAAGAUUUUUUGUAUCGGUAAUGAAAUGGCAGAGUCCCAAUUUUAUAAAAGCAAAAUGUUCAGAUCCCAACACAAUUGUUCAUUCUUUCUACUUUUGGAAAGCUUUCAUUGUGCUUAUUAAUGUGAACAAAUUUCACGGAGGGAUAGGGUGCAGCCACGCGAUCUGUGGUCCCUUUGCACCAUCUAGUGGUCGAGCCUUAAACUGCAAUGGGAAACAGUGUCUUCUCUUGAAAUUCAGCGUUGUCCUUUGGAUUGCUUCAUUUUUCAGUCAGGAAGCUGAAAUGUUUGGGGAAAGAAACCUGCCCACUUUGCUCAUGAGGUAAAAGUUAGUUAAAUCAAUAGGAACGAAUCUAUUCUGCUCUUCUUUUGUACUUUGCUUGAAGACAAAGAGCCACUACCUCAAAUCUUCCACCUCAGGUGGGCCUGAGACCAUUCUGGCCAAAAACAGACUCUUGAGGGCCAGGGAUUUAGCUCAGUGGUUCUUCCACCUGACCCAAAAGCACAACGACCCGAGUUCGAUCCCUGGUACAAAAAAGAAAAAAAACAGACUCUUGACAUUCCCACCACGAAGACAUGAUACAUUGGCAAGGUGCUGGAUCUGUUAAUUAACUUGAUUGAAUCUUUCUCUGAUGUGUACAUAGAGCAAAACAUCAAAUCAUACCCUACAAAUACACAUAAUUCUUGUGACUUAAAAACAAAUUUUUAGGUACAGGUGGUACAUGGCUGUAAUCCCAGUGUUCUGGGAGGCUGAGGCAGGAGUAUCACAGAUUAAUCCAGCCUGGCCAGUUUGAGAACUUAGCACAGCACUGUCUCAAAAAAUAAAAGAAGGGCUGGCAGUGUAGUUGUAGCUUAAUGCAGUGCCCUAAAUUCAAUCCCCAGCAUCACAAAUAAAAUAAUGACAUAAUAACCAGUCCCCUGUUGGCUGGCUUUUGAGUUGUUUAUUCUCAGCACACGGCACAGUAUGCUUCCUCGUGCCUGUACCUUUGUGCCUCUUCCAGCGGGAGAAUGAGUGUAACCAGGGAUAGAACUCAGGUCCUUGCACUUGUGAGGCAGGCAGCAGAACCAUUGAGCUAAAUCUCCGGCCCUGCUUCCCAUCUUCUAAAGUUGAACAUCUCCUCACAUGUCUGUGGGCUGCUGUGUUUCUCUUGUGAAUCUCUCCUAGGAAGGAAGAAAAGAUAGCAUCCAUAAGAGCUUAGUUAGCUUUCUAAAUUCAUUUUUAAGGACUCUUUAAAGAUAGCAGCUUUUUCUCAGUCAUAUAUUCAAGUACAUGCACACACACAAUUCAACCAAUGUCUUUUCACCUUGUCACUGAUGUGUGCUACUAUGCAAAAGUUUUCAAAUUUUGUAGCAAUUUUGUCUUUGUCUUAAUAUUGUGGUUUGGUUUUCAUAUCAUUCUUAGAUUAUAAAAACAUCCACCCAGGGUUUUUUGGUUUUGGGUUUUGUUUGUUUUAGUAGUACUGAGGAUUCGACGAGGGCUUCCACACUGAGCUACGUCUCCAGCACAUUUUUUUAAAUUUUAAGAUCAAGUCUAAGUCCAGAUGGAACUUGGAUUUGCAGUCCUCCUGCCUCAGCCUCCUUCAGGGCUGUGAUUAUAGACAUGCACCACUACCCCCCAGCUCUUUUGUAUUUUAAUAUAUUAAAAUGUUAAGUGCUUUUCAAAUGCUUAAUCCCUCUGAAAUGUAUUAGCAAGUAAGAUCUAGAAUCAGCUGUAUUUGAUUACUUUGCUACAGAUGACUUUUUUCUUCCAUGACCCUUCAGUGCCACCUUUACCAUCCAUCUCCAUGUGGAAGUGGGCUUGUGGAGGUUUUUCUUGAUUCUUCUAUGAUUCCCAGACUGUUUGAAUCUUUUCACUUUAUAGUAAGCUUUCGUAUGUAGUAGGGUUAGUUCUCUUUUCCCCAGAAUUUUCCUGGUUAGUGAUGUGAUUGUUCUUUCAGCUAAACUUGAGAAUCUUUCAGGGGAAGGGGAUCUAAACACUCCACGCUGCUGCUUUAUGGGAACCACACUGGGUACAGACUGAGAAGGGGUGGUUGGCAUGGUCUGUGGAGUAUCCCCGUCUCAGGACCAGGUGCCUACGCACCCAGGUGUCUGUGCGUUGCAGGGGUUUCCUUUGUGCAGCUCCCACACGCUCCACCUUCACGCUCAGUGUUCUCAUGGCUCUGGUGGACACUCUCAUUUCUUCCUUCCUAUUUCCUGUCACUUACAAAUAAUGAAGUUGCUGGCUUUGUUCAUUAUUCUGGAGCUGGCUGUCUGGCCAACUUCCUGUGCUGUUUUUGAAGGAUUUCCGGGGCUCCCACCCCUUCGAGCAGCUGCUUCCUCCACGUGAUGCUCCCUUCCCUGGCUGUUGGCGGACGCCUUGGCAGGCAGGUCCAGGUCCUCAACAUGAGUUUCUAAUGUCAGCAUCACUGCUGCAUUUUGGUUUGCUAUAUAUAAACAUGUCCUCUUUUCUUUUGACUGUGUUCAAGAAUUGGCCAUCUCUUUCUGUUUUCCUAAGUGUUUUGUUUGCAUCAGGAAUGAGUGGUGGCUUUUUAACCAUCUGUGGAGAUGCUGAUCCUGUGGCACAUUCGUGUCCACAGGGUCCUGAAUUCUGAGAGUCCUGGGCCCCUCCCCACUGCCCUUUGGGCUCUGCCUGCCGAGCACAGCUGAGGCCCAGGGGAUUCAUAGGCAGAGUCAGCCCAGGGCAUGGAGACUCAGGGAAGCGGAGGAGAUAUGCUGCAGACAGAGCCACUGCCUGGCUGCAGUCAUGAGCUAAACACCUGCUCGGGCAAAGUCAGAGUCAAGGAGAAUGUUUGGGCUUCUGCACGUCCUUCAUGGAAGGACUUCUCUACCUUUCUCUCGUGAUGUGUGGAAUUCCUCCCCCUGUGCUUUUUAAACAAGGUAACACCCCAGAAUACCAACAAGCAGAAGGUUGCGUAGCAUUUGUGUAACAUGAGCAUAAAGGCAAAGAAGGGGCUACCUUCCCGAGUGUCCCAGCUCUCCAUUUUCCACCCAGAAACUGGAAGUCAGCAUUGUUUUAGAUAUUUUCUACCGGUAAUCUAGAAGAGGAGAAUCAAGACACCUGCUUUCUCUUUAUUUCGGGACUUGGGGUUGAACUCAGGGCCUUCACACUGAGCUACAUCCCAGCCCUUUUUUUUAUUCUGAGACAGGGCCUCACGAUGUUGCCCAGGCUGCGUUUGAACUUGCAGUCCUCCUGCCUCAGCCUUCCAGAGUGCUGCGAUUACAAGCACAUGCCACCAUGCCCUGCUCAGAUACCUACUCUAGGUGACACGCAGGUGGAUUCUGAAAUGCCAUCUUACUAGGCGAGGCAGCCUGCUGGCAGCGGUGGUACAGCUGUGGUGCUCAUUUCGGCAGCAAAGGCACCUGCCAGUCCACACCCCUGCUGCACCCCCACCUGAGCAGGCAGGCUGAGCAUGCAGGGGCCAGGAGUGGACUUGCUUCGUGUCCUUGUUAAUCGUCCAGCAGUCUCCAGUCCUGCCACCUAGUGUGCUUUCUCCCUUUUUUCUUGCCAUAUGUGGUCUUCUCAACCUUUCCUUCUCCUUUAAGAGUCAGGGGUGCAAGCACUGUUUCCCCUUCCUGUAUAGUGUGUCCCCAUCAUCCCCCACACUCACCCACAAAUGCUAUCACAGCCACCUGACCCACUGCCCGGCGGGGUCUGUGGGAAACCAGAAGUGUACACCUCUCUAGAGGAAGCGGGCUCUGCUCACCUGGCUGAAGCUGAUGGUUUGUUUGGCAGAAAAGAGGCUCUGCAGCUGCCAUGUCUUUCAACAAAGUCUGGGUAAAUGUUGGCAUUUUAUGCAGCCUCACAACCUUUCAGUGUUGGUAGCUACUUGUAAGCACCACUCAGGCUGGCACCGUGUGAGCCUGCAGCCUGCACGUGCUCUGUGGAAAUAUACAAUUCACCAUCCACAGGGAGUGAGGGCAUGUGGCCACCAGCAGGCACUGGGCUUGGGAUUUGCCACACGCAUGUCGCUGUGCCGUGGCACGGGGCCAUCCCAGAGGACCCAGGGCUGGGCCCACAAGUGGCAGCUGCCAGAGGACUGAAAACCAGCGUGACCAGCCCCAGACCUGAGCCACCAAACUAGCCACUGCCUCUCCUUUGAUUAAACUGUGCCCAGCACCUGGCCUGGCGGCCACCUACCCGUCCCUCACCCACCCACCCAUCAUUCACUUGUUCAUCCGCCCACUCUUCCAUGCAGCUGCUCUGAACCAUGAGCUCAGCCAGGCCGUGGAGCUGCAGAGCUUCCUGAGAUAUUGUGGGCACCCUGCGCUUGAGGAGCCCCGGGGAACAGGGUGCUUCCCAGAGCAAGGGCCCCUCCAGCUGGGUCACAAAGGCCAAGUAGGACUUUGCCACUCAGGGAGAAGUGCGUUCCAGACAGAAGGGCGCCCAGAAAGGAGCUCAGAAGGGCACAGAGCUGCAAGUGGUGCGUGGCGGAGAGAGGGAGGGGACCCGAGAAGCCACCAGAGGAGGCCUCUGCAGAGCCUGUGCAGUCCCUCUGGCUCAGCCAGCUCAGCUGCUCCCUGUGCUGAAAGAUGCGCUUUAUGAGCCGAGGGUGCCCUGAGAGACUGGGCCUGACCUGGGCCUGAGCACAGGGAGCAGGUGUCCCUCAGCGGGACUGGCCCCGGGAGGCCUGGACUCAGCAGGAGGUGGAUGUGGAGGGCCACUGCCAAGCACAGUGGGCAGAGACAGCUCGAUGGGCCCUUGCAGAGGACAGGGCAGCCGCGGUGGGUGGUCCUGGGCUCAGCCAGCAUCUUCCCGGGCUGGACUGUGGGGUGGGGACAAGCGGUGCCCGGGUGUGUGGCUCUGGCCCCUAGAACUGGGCGGAAUUGAGGGGUGGCAUGAACUAAACUGAGAGGAGCCUCUGGACCCAGCAUGGCCCCUGUCCAGGGGCUCCGCAGUGGCUGCAGGAGCCCUCCCCGCCCUGUGCAGCCCCAAGGGUGGACGGCUAAGGGUGCCCCCCAGCUUCGUCCCAGCCCUCGUGGCCUUGGUCAGGAGGCUCAGCCUCCCAUAGACCUCAUUUCCUCCCCUGCACUGGGAAGGCUGUGAGGGUUCUGUCCCAGUACUGCCGGGGCCCUAGGGGUUGGGGACUAGCAGGUCCCACUCCUGUCACCUUUGCAGAGAAUGCAGCAGUCAUGAGCACGUGUCAUCCACUAGCUCUGGUGGGCCUCACCCCAAAUGAGGGUGUUGAAUGAGGUAUUCUUAGCUCCAGAGCAUUCUGGGGAGCCCCCACACCACCAGCCUGGCUUCCCCCGCAAACCCUGGUGGCCCCGGUCUGCAUGGAGCAGCGGUCUCCAGGUGAAGCACCCGUGGCUUCCCGCCUUGGAUCCCAUCUUCGUGUCUCCGGGGAACCCCAGUCCUAGCAGGGAAUAGCGACUCCCUCUGUGGGCAAAGCAGAAGACACAGGCCGCAUUGUGCACCUUCCCUGCUCUGCCCUCCACCUACCUGGCACUCGCCCAGGGAGUGGACUUGGCCAGGGCUUUCCAGACCUGGCUGUUGGGCAGAAUUACCUGGGGGUCUUUCGUAAAGCACAGCUCUGCACACCUGCUGAGUACUAGUGCCCAAGGAGGCUGGAAACCACCCUGAAAACCAGCUUGGCCAGCUGGGUGUGGUCACCCCUGUGGUCCCAGAUACUAGGGAGGCCGAGACAGGAGGGUCAGAAGUUCAGGGCCAGCCUAGGAAACAAACAAAAACCCAGCCUGGCCCAUUUCUAGGAAAGCAGGGCUCAGGCCCCUCCUCCACCCAGCACAGCCUGGGCUGGCCCUGCCCUCUCCUCCUAGAGGCCUGAGUCCCAGAAGCCAGCUGGGAGGAUCCAGGCUCCUCGAGGGAGAGGACGUUUCCAGAGGCUGAGCCCUGGGCAAGAGGCCGAGGUGCUUGAGAAUUUAGAAGCAGGAGCCAGAGGGGUUGGGGCCCAGGCCCAGGCAGGCCUGGGAGUGGGGGGCAGCGUAUUCUGGGAGCCCUGGGGAGGGGGCGUGGGACAGCAGACACCCGCCUGCCUCAGCCUGCCCCAGGCCACCCCAUCUUUCUUCCUUAGCCCCCCACCUGUCCUCGCCUGUCCAGGCCUCUGCGGCCGGUUGGGCCCCGGGCUGCCCCCUGCACCUCGCCCUUCCGAGCCCCGAGAUCACCGCCUCGCCCUCCUGCCUGCGCUCCCCUGUCCGCCUGCAGCCCCGUGAGCCCCCAGCUCGGCCCCCGCUCCCACCCGCGUUCUGGACACCACCCCAGUUCGCUCUGCGGGCUCCAGAAGUCAGACCCUUGCCUGGCCUCCGCUUCCUCAUGUGCAAAGCUCAGGCGCUGGAAGCCUCUCCCUGGAAGCCCUGAUGGGUGCGUGACCAGAUCCAGCGAGGAGAGGGGAAGGCAGGUGAAGGCCUGUUUGACCUUUCCUUCCCUUCGUUGGAUGCUCAGUUAGCGUUUCCAGGCCGCCCGCGCUUCUCCUGGCGCUGGUACCCAGUGCCAUUCCACGCCCCCUCCACACCCCGAGCGGCGGCCUGUACCCCGAUGGGGCUGCCCGAGUGGCCAGAUGGCACAGCCACACGGGAACCACUGGGGGUUCAGAGCCCCCGGCAGCAAGACACAAAUUACGACCCGUCAUGAACGUGUUAAACUGUGCCUUCUGGGGCCUAGCCAGGACUCAUAGCUUCCUGUGGAGGUGCCAUCUUGGGUUGCCUUAGUGGGCUCGCGACUCCUUCCUGCAGAGACGGGGCGGGGGGUUCUGAGCACCCCCUUUGCGACGAAGCUGGAGCUUAAGGCGCAGUGGAAAGCCGAAGUGGGCACCUCCUACCGAUGGCACGCUGGCCUCUCAGUGAGCGCAGACUCGUGGAAGCUGGGCCUCACGCAGCCUGGCCUGGGGCCGGCAGUUGCAGGGUCCCCUAGGGCGCCAGAAAGGCCCCCACAGUGACGUCUGCUUCCUGGCAGCGGCCAGGUCUGGGCAGCCGUGUGGCUGCAAUGGCGGCCUGUAGCCACCAGAGGGCGUCCUGGUCCCCCGCUGCUCAGCUGGACUGGGCUCUGCGAACCAAAUGCUUUUUAAUUGAAAAUUUUUUUAAUUCAAAAAGGAUUUGCUGUUUGUACUCGAGUGCAGGUUUUCCUUAUGCAGGAGACUAAUGUCUUGAGUAAACAGAUCCAGGCCCAAAUCCACCUUCAAAGGUACUCGCUGUUUGCCCGAGGGACUGAAAGAGCUUCCAGAAGCGGCCCUAGUCUCUUGGGCAAACACUUUGGGGACGGGCAAUCCUGGGCGGAGAACGGCGUCUGUGGGAAGGUUAUCCGCGGCCUAAGGGGGAUUAUGCUGGGGGACAUAUGUUGAAAUUUCAUUUGGAGAGUUAGGGGAAACAAGGCCUCGGGGG